AUGACUAUAACUCGAGGGGACUUCAAGCUGAGAUUGAACCAAGGAGAAUUCACGGAUUCUCAGAUUAUAGUUAUGUUGGGAGAGAAUGGAACGGGGAAGACAACGUUUAUCAAAAUGCUUGCGGGUUCGAAGCUUGAUAUUGAUGAAGAAGGAUCUCAAGUACAUGAGAUACCACAGUUCUCUGUUUCUUACAAGAAUCAACAUAUGUCAAACCGUAAAUUUGAGAUUACUGUUAGAGAUUUGAUACACAGGAAGAUCCCUAACGCAUAUGCAGAACACCAAUUCGUGUCAGACGUUAUGAAACCGCUCAAGAUCGAGGAGCUCAUGGAUAAAAGCUUCAACAAACUAUCAGGUGGAGAGAAACAAAGGGUUGCUUUAGCUUUAUGCCUUGGUAAAUCUGCGGAUAUCUACUUGAUCGAUGAACCGAGCGCGUUUCUUGAUUCGGAGCAGAGAAUUAUAGCUUCCAAAGUCAUAAAGAGAUUCAUUCUUCAGAUGAAGAAGGCGGCUUUUGCACGAUUUCAUAAUGGCUACGUAUUUGGCAGAUAA